CUUUUUCAUCGCAGUCACGGUAACUAUUCUUUGCCUGGCUGAUAUGGGCACGACGCCCUCAAGUUCGCGGCCCAAGGAAGAAACAAGCACCAACGGUGGUUUCUUCAGCAACCUGUGGCUGUGCGGCGGGGGCGACGCCAUCGAUGAGAAUUCGACCGAGCGCUCGCGUCGUCGCGUCGCCUCUGCUGAUAAAGAGACAGAUGGGAGGAAGCUCCGCGCGGGAGCAGACGACGCAAAGCGUGUGACCGAGAGCACGGAAUCUGCGUCGUAGCAACGCAUUCGACCCAUAAUUCGCAUUCGGCAACCCACUCACACAAUUCCUCCGACACGAGAUUGAGACGGCAUCUCCCCACAGGUGCAGAACUUUUCGCGCAGGAAUUCAAGACGACCAUGCGUCAGCGAGGCUUCGCAGCCUUCAAGUACAACCGCAAUGGGCGGUGCACACGGCGUCUCCGCCACGCCUGGCAUUCUUUCGACAGCACGCCCGCAGGUCGGCGCCCCGCCUCUUCCUGCUUGACGACACGGAGACCCUGAUCCAGUGGAAGACAAAAAAAACGGGUCGUGGUGACUUCGAUGCUUUCAGCCUCCUCGAUAUUGAUGGCAUCGUUCGAGGGUGCGAGACUCGCAAAGUCUGUGCCACCAACGAGACCUGGCGCAUGAUCACGAUACACGCACCGCCGCGCCGCCUUGUGAUGGGAUUCGAGACAGAACAGCGCUGUCGGAUGUUUGCCGAUGGCCUUUCUCUUGUCGUUGCGGAGGCACAGGGCCGCGCUGCACCUCAGACUAGGAGAGCAGGCGCUUCUAAUGACAGUCGCACUGACGCCCCUAAGGAAAACGGCGUCCAGAGGCUGAGGAAGACCGGGAGGGAACGGGGAGAGCGCGGGUGGCGUUUCUAAGUUUUGAACUACUGGACGCGUUGCCGCACGUAAGAGUUGUCCCAAAUUAUUCGUCGAAGUUGCCGCCGCGGGCCGCGGUGGUGAUGAUGAAAUAGCUGUAGCAUUCUUUACACCAUUUUCGAGCAUUUGGAGGUCAAACAAGCCCAGUUUUUGCCACGCUCACAGGUCAAAUGACCUCUAAGCUCGAAAAUGAUGUUAAAAACAGCUGCAGUGCCGAAGAGUAUUCCAAUAUGUCUCUACCGAUAUAGGCAAUCCCGUAGUAGACUUCUUUUGGUGCCAAUGGCCCCGGGCCUGGUUCGCGCGUUUUUCCUCAGGCUCAGUCCGCGAGCACUGGGACCUCAUCCGCUGUCGGGAUGUCUUCUCCUGGGCCCAUAACCUGCGAAUGAUGCAAGACCAAGGGGUACGCACCUUUGGGGGUACGGCGGCUGAGAUAGUCUGCCGAGGAGCUACCUCAGGCCCGGGGGGCCAAGUUGACUCGGAAGAACUCAGGCCGCUCAGGCUUCAAGUUGCCAGUGCCUGUGACUCGCACUUGGAAGGGAAACUUGAACUUGAAGGGUAUCCAAGGAUACAAAGCAGUCGCCACUGGUCACCACUAGUGCCUGAGAGGAAUUAUCAGUACCAGUAACUAGGGGGGGGUCAUAGCACUAUCGCUGGGUGCCGAUACGCAUAAGAUAUACUGCCGUA